GAGUGACUGUGCUGCCAAUGUCCAGUCACUGGAGAAAGAAAGUGCUAGCUGUUCUACUCUUAAAUUUGUUCCAGUAAAAUCCUCACAGGCCACUCCUGCCUUCAACUACUGUUGGAAGUGUGUUUAGCUCGCUGCAGAGCUGUGCACCUACACGCAGAGAGAGGACAGAAGCUGGACAUGCCAACCAAAGAUAAAAAGCACUACAAGAUGAGAGCAUUAAUAGAAGAGUUCCCAAAAUUCAUAAAAUCAAAAAUGUUUGAAAUUAUUAUUAAAAUGACAAAGUGAAUGGUGAAGAAUGAGAGGUGAAAUAUGCUUCACAAAGACCAAGAUAAGACCAAUGUGACAGGAAGUGCACUUUGAAUCUGUGACAACCAAUCACAUGCAUUUCUCUGUGUGACAUUCAGUGUCGUGGCCACGUUACAUCACCUCCUUUACUCAGUGAAAUACCAGAAAGGUUCCUAACAAGAGACAAUGUGAAGAUGAUCGUGUUAUGGGUAACACUGCUUGUUCUUCAUCAAGGAUAUGCGCUGGUUCCAGUGAUCACGGUUCAACUUGGUCAACCUGCAACUUUGGCAUGUGCUUUAUCUAAUGAUGAGCACAACAAUAAAGAACUCUACUGGUACAAGCAGACUGCCGGUGAUACUCUGAAAUUAAUUGUGAAAGUGAUUAGAGCUGCAAAUCCUGAGUAUGCACCAGAGUUUAAUUCCACAAGAUUGAAGGUACGUAAAGAUAAGAAUUUUGGUAACCUGACCAUUUUGAGGACAACCCAAGAAGACGAGGGAAUGUACCAUUGUGCAGUCAUGGAGUGGACUAAUUUUGAAUGGAGUGGGACAUAUUUAUUAGUUAAAGGAAUCACUGAAAGGACAUCAAACUAUACUGUUGUUCAGUGGACGACAGUGUCUGAUCCAGUCCGUCCAGGAGACUCUGUGACUCUCCAGUGUUCAAUCCUCUCUGACUACAAGAACAAGACAUGUCCAGGAGGACACAGCGUUUACUGGUUCAGAGCUGGAUCAGAUGCAUCUCAUCCAGACCUUAUCUACACUGAUGGAAGUCGUGAUGAAUGUAGAAAGAAAACUGGCAUUCACUCGUCUCCAAAGAGCUGUGUCUAUCGCUUCUCUAAAAACGUCAGCUCCUCUGAUGAUGGGACUUAUUACUGUGCUGUGACCACAUGUGGAGAGAUAUUAUUUGGAAAUGGAACUAAACUGGAACUUGUGCAAACAACACAUUCACUAUUUAUUGGAAUAGUGAUAUUAAUAGUCUGCUUGGCCAUUUCUGUUGUUGCAAAUGUCUUCUUCAUCUGCAACCGAAGUGUAAGAGUACAUGAACAAUAUAAAGGAAUGGAAAGCACUAUUUCAGAAGCUCGACAUGCCAACUCACGUCAGCCGGUACAUGAUAUUACUGAAGUUGAUGACAGAAUGAACUACGCUGCACUGAAUUUCUCAGAAAGAAAAGCAACGAGAGGAAGAAAGAAGAAAGAGUUUUCAGAGGACUGUGUGUACUCUCAAGUUAAAUGAAGAUACUGUUGAUAAUAUUGAGCACUUGCAUCUGUUUGUGAUUGUUUGGUUUUAUUUUUUAUUUUGGCUAAAUAUUAAAUAUCAACUUUGCUCAAAAAAAUCACGUUAUUGUUGACACAAUUAGGACUAUCAUAGUCUAUAACAUCUUUUUGCCUUUCUUACAUGUAAUUUUUAUCAUCUUUAUCGUAUCAAUUUUAUCUUUGGUCUUUAAUUGUGUUAAGACAAAAUUUUGUGUUUGAAAACUACUCGUUGUCUCAAUCUGAAAUUUUUACUGCUGCAAUAAAAACUCUGAAACUAAAUGGCUCAAAUGCUUUUCAUGUAUAAUAUUAACUGCGUUUUGAGUCUGACACACAUUCACUUUGGCAACAUGACCGA